AUGUUACAAGGACUCUGGCAAGAGCAUCGCCUGAAUGUCUCUCUGUCAGGGACAUGUCACAUGUACCCACUGGAGCAGGCAGAAAAGGAAUGUACUGGGUUGGAUGUAGGGAGUAACGAAUGUGCUUCUAGGGAUCCGAGCUCCUUAUGGUGCACUAUCCUAGAUGCAUCAAUGGCUACCCAGCAGUUCGACCCAGCGGUCACCAUUCAAAAUGUCAUACAAAGCCAAUUAUUACUUGCAAAGAUACUCAAGAAAAGACGGACCUCUACCAUUAGACAGGUUGCAUCUCUAACGAAGCUGGCGCAAAAACAAGAGGAAGGGACAAGUUCCCGGUGGAAGUUUCUUCAGUGUGGUGGGCUGUGUUGUACAGCUCGCGGUGCAUGCGUGUCGCUAGUAUUCCGUGUAUCGCGACCUGUAAACUACGAGACAGUCAGUCAAUAUGAUCUUGAAUUAGACGUUGGAUUCGUAAUUAUGAACACGCACGGGAAGAAUUUAAAUCAUCGGUCUAGUAUUUUCUAUGGUAAAGAGAAGAAGGACCUUUAUUAUCAAGUUACACCUCCGAUGAAGCUGGUGCAAAAGCAAGAGGAAGGACACAUUCCCAGUGGAAGUCUCUUCAGUGUGGUGGGCUGUGUUGUACAGCUCGCGGCGCAUGCGUGUCGCUAGUAUUCCGUGUAUCACGAAUGUAAACUACGACAGUCAGUCAAUAUGUCAGUUCAAGAAACAGCCCCUUAC